CACAUUUGUCAGGCAGUGAUAAAUAAAAUAAUGCAGAGCUAGGAAAUAGAUGCCUUGUCUUGAUAUGUAUCUCUAAAUAUCAUUUCUUUAUUAUUAUUUUUUUAUAUAUAUUAUCUGUGCGUUUUGAACGGUUGGUGAUGAUGCGUGGGUAUUGAAAUUAUUUUGAUUCCCUAUUCCUUCUCAUCAUUGGUCAUUCAAUAUCAUAAAUGCAUACUUGAAAAGGCCACCCACAGUGGGGAGAAAUCUUGUCCUUGCUAGCCUUUAACAUCACCCCUCAUGCUUCUGAUAAGAUAUCCAUGUUGGUUCUCUUGUUUGAUUCAUAGGGUUAAAGUUGAAUAGGAGGGUUUUGAUUCUGCAACUUUAAUAUUUGAAACUAGCCUAUAAAUGGUUUAGUUCUGUUAAAUUGUGACUUUUAGUUCUAAGGUUCAAAGGAUUUUCCAGGUAUUUAGCCUUAUGGUGUAGGUCUGUUCUGUCUCCCCCGCAUAGCAGGAUCCUGGGGAAAGAAUUGAUCUGGGUUUAGGGAUGUUUGAUGGAGGAAUGGCAUUGACGUUCCACAAAUUAAAUUAUUCAUCAGUUCUUGCAGGUAAUUUACAAAAGAAUAGGACUCACUAUAGAGCAAGAUCAAAUCCACCUGUGGAUGUACACUUUUUAUCAGUUCUCGUACAAAUUGAUGAGAGUAAAAAUUCGCCACAAUCCAAGAAGAUUUCAGGUUCAGGUACUGCUCCAAAACGAUAUCAGAACCCCAAUUCCCUGCUUAAACAGGCAAAUACAGUUGGCAUCAUUGGAGGUGUAUCUGUUUUAUCUACUCUUAUUUUCCUAGAAAAGCUUGUCUGGUGGAGCUCAAGAGACGGAGAGGAAUGUAUUCCUUUUGUUGUGUGCAGCGAUCCUUCAAUAGCUAGAGUGCUCCCAUCACAGUCAUUUACCAGCAGAAAUGCUCGGAUCGAAUCAAAUGUUGGCGUGUUCAUUGAGAAUUUGCAGCGUAAAAGGAAAUUUCUUGAGCAGUCUGGUGCUCGUUGCCUAGUUAUGCCAUGCCAUGUUUCACAUGCGUGGUAUGAUAAGAUAUCUGAGGACUGUUUGCUGCCAUUUUUUCAUGUAGGUGAUUGUGUUGCUAGUGAGCUCAAGGAAGCUAAGUUGAAGCCACUCGAAGCUGGGAGUAAUGUGAGAAUUGGGAUGCUUGCUUCAAAUUCAAUUUUAACUGCUGGCUUUUAUCAGGAAAAACUGCAGAAUCAGAAUGUGCAGGGAUUUGAGGUUGUGUUGCCAGACAGGGCAACCAUGGAUCACAUUCUAAUUCCUGCAGUUGAAGCACUGAGUAGAAGAGACAUGGAAGGGGCAAGAAAUCUCUUAAGAAUAGCAAUCCAGAUUCUUUUGGUGAGGGCAGUGAACGUAGUAAUUCUUGCUUCUGAUGAACUUCAGGGUCUUCUGCCUCACGAUGAACCUCUUCUGAAAAAAUGUAUAGACCCCAUGGAUGCAUUGGCCAGGUCAGCCAUAAGAUGGGCUAGGCAUUAAGGCAAGGUACAUAAGAAUACUUGAAGGGAAAUUGCAAUCAUCAUCACUAUCUGCUGAUUUGAGGUGUAAAGGGUUCCUGAGAUUUCCCCCACAAUCGCCUGCAGUAUUUUGCAAAUAGCAAUUCUGCUCGUAUUUCCUGCUUAGUUUUCGCAUCUUGGUGCCAUUCGCUUAUUUCAGCAAAUUCUGUAAGAUUUCAUUAAAUUUUUAUGACUCUUCCGCGUUGUUUGAGUGAUUAUUUGAUAGUCAAAAUAAAUUUCUUCAGAAAACAUUCCACUUCGUUUGUUUGUUUUUUUUUUUUUUCAUUUCUGUUACACAAUUAAGAAACUAAACAAGGGCUUACUUAAAGAUGUUUUGCUUCUGGGCUUUACCAAGUGAAGAAAACCAGAAGUGAUGAUAGUAGCUGGUAUCUAUCUUCUCGUGGAAUAAAGGAAAAAUUACCAGCCAGUGAAUUGGUCAACAAAAGUUUGCCAAGCAUACCUCAGCAUUUCCAAUUUUGUGGCGAAAAAGAAACUCUCAAGCACUUUUUCUUCCGAUUUUCCCAUUUAGUACAACUCUCCUCUCAGAUUCUGGUUUACAUUACUCAAGGGUGCUUCUAUCCUACACAGUUGGGAUGAACUGAUUAAUCCUCUUUCAGCACACCUUGUUGGUGAUAAUUUUAUCCAACUGGUGAUGUUUUUAUGCUGGAGCAUUUGGAAAUGCAACUUGCUUUUGUUCAGAGGUCAAAAGCAGAAUAUUCAGGAUGGGAUCUACUCACCUCUCUCCUACCAAGAGAUUCGAUGCAGCAAAAUCAGAAUUGCAUACCCGGAAUAAUCCCCAGCCUGUUGCUCCUCAAGUGUGGGUGCCCCCACCCAUGAAUGUGCUUAAAGCUAAUUUUGAUGCAGCUGUGGGAAGCAAAAAUGAUAGGAGCUUUUGCUACCAUAUUUUGUGAUCAUGGGGAUACCCUCAUGGAUUGGAGCUGCCGAUCCCAACCCAUCCCCAUCUGUUUGAUCCUUCGAUUAUGGAGAUUUUGGAAAGCCUAGCUUGCCGGAAAGCAAUCUCACUAGCCACAGCUUGAGGGGAUGGAAAAGUUAUCUUGGAAGGAGACUGAAAUUCUUAUCAAAGCUCUCAUGCAGCAGAUUCUGGCGGACAUUCAAAGUGUGGCUCAUGAUAUCCACGAGCUGAGCAAAGGCCUGGACUUGGUUAUUUUCUCUUUUGUAAAACGUUCCUGUAACAGAGCUGUGCACGAGGCAAAAAGCUCUUCACGAUGGUUCCUUCACUUAUAAUCCUGUGUGCCAGCAGCAAUUCAUAAUGGGCUCAUUGCCUUCAUGAUUUCUUUCUAUAGAAAAGGGGGGGAAAAGCAUCAACUAUCAUACCAUCUUUACAAUAAAAAAAAUAUGUUUAAUUUCAA